AUGAAGCUAAUGCAAACAGAUAAACCCAAUGCCAAGGGCAAAGAGCCGGCAAAUUUGAAAAAGAAACUGAAGUCGACGAAAAAACAGCAAGGGAAACAAAAGCAGAAACCCAAGGACUCAGACGAGUCGGACGAUGAAGGUAUUGAGCCGCUGGCAGAAACACGGAUCUCCGAUGAACCGAUCCCGAGAAAGACCAAAUGGACUAACAAACAGCGCGUUUUGGUACUGUGUGCUCGCGGCAUCAACCAUCGAGACCGCCACUUGAUGCGAGAUUUAAGAACGCUAAUGCCACACCAUCGUGCCGAACCGAAGAUGGAACGCUGGAAAACGCUACAGGUGGUGAACGAAAUGAGCGAAAUGAAGCAUUGCAACAAGGUGAUGUUGUUUGAAGGACGCCGCAAGCGUGACCUGUACAUGUGGCUAGCCAACGCUAGUGUGGGCCCCUCGGUGAAAUUUCUAAUCGAAAAUAUUCACACCAUGGGCGAGAUGAAACUGACCGGUAACUGUUUGCGUGGUUCGCGUCCAUUGAUAUCCUUCAGCGAAGAGUUCACUAAGCAUCCUCAUCUGUUGCUGAUUAAGGAGCUGUUGGUGCAAAUUUUCGGUGUACCAAACCACCAUCCGAAGAGCCAACCGUUCGUUGAUCGAGUGAUCACAUUCACCUACCUCGAUAAUCGAAUCUGGUACCGGCACUUCCAGAUCCUUUCGGAGGACGGCGGAUUGACGGAGGUUGGGCCUCGGUUUGUGAUGAAUCCUAUCAAAAUAUUUAGCGGUUCGUUCGGUGGCGACCCGAUCUGGGAGAACGCUACCUAUCAAAGCCCGGCUAAACACCGUCAGAUGCUACGCAAAGCCGCCAGCGAGAAAUAUUUGCAAAAGACGAAGAAAAAGGUCGAUCGCGCGGUUAACGCACCGAAGGACACGCAUAAGCUAACGCCGCACGGUGAGAUCUUCAAGGAUAGCGUAGAGGAACAGGUAAAGCAGGUACUGAAGCAAGAAAAGCGACUAUUAAAGGAGAACCAGGUACGUGAACGGAUUGAAAAGAAACAGCAGCUAAUGAAGCAAAAGGAUGCGAUGCGGAAACUAAAAUUAGCCGUCGCCAAGAAAACUGAUACUACGAAAGUCCCCGCAAGAAGAGCAAUGCGUAAGGAAGGCGAUGGCCCUCGAAAGGGGAGCAAUGGUGCGAAUAAGGUAAAUCAGAAAGGUAAGGUAAAGGUAAAGAACGUUGGCAAAAUGAAGAUCAACAGAAAGGGAGGCGAUGUAUAA